AUGGUAGAUGUUAUGAUAAAUAAAUAUUUAGAAACUCAAUUAGCUAUUGCCAAACAAAAGCAGCAAUCAAGAAAAACUAUUGACAAUUCAGUUUCAAAAAAAAGCAAGGAAGUAGCUGAUCAAAUUUCAAGAAAACAAAACAGAAAAGAUCAUGGCAAUUUACAAGAUCAAUGUAGUAGUAAAAUUUUAAAAAGCCCACUUAAUAGAUCUUCAAUAAAAAAAACAGAUGACGAUGAGGAGUACUUACCAUCAAGUGACGAAGAAGAUGAUAUUUAUAUUUCAAAUGUAGCCUCAACAUCUCGGUCAAAGCAAAAUGUAAAAAAAAUUGUAGAUGAUGGCAGCACAAAACUUUAUAAUGAAAGAAUAGAUAUCUGGAGAAAUAGUAUGAAAACAGCUUUAGCAGGGGCAUAUGAUGGAUUACAUUAUUCUGCAGAUAUACAAUAUAUUUUAGAUGGUUAUAAAGAGUCUAAAGAAAAUCAUGAAUUGCAAAACGGCCUUUGUAUUCCAAAUUAUAUUUGGAAGCGUUUGUAUCCAUACCAAAGGAUUGGAGUUAAAUGGCUGUGGGAACUUCACCAAAUCAAAUCUGGGGGACUAUUAGGGGAUGAAAUGGGCUUAGGGAAAACUGUUCAAAUUAUUGCUUUUUUAGCUGGAUUAUCUAAAAGUGAUUAUGGAUCUUGGGGAGGACUUGGUCCCUCAAUUAUUUUAGCUCCAGCUACUGUUAUUUAUCAGUGGGUUUCUCAUUUUCAUUACUGGUAUCCAAAUUUAAGAGUUGCUGUUCUUCAUCAUUCUGGAUCUCAUGGUGGCAAACAUCAUAAACUUAUUAGAGAACUCUACUCAUCUCAUGGAAUACUUUUGAUUACAUAUGCUGGAGCUGUUAAAUAUAUCAAAGAUUUACUAACUAAAAAGUGGCAUUACAUUAUAUUAGAUGAGGGACAUAAAAUAAGAAAUCCUGAAACUCAAGUUAGCAAACUUGUAAAACAAUUUGAUACACCUCAUAAAAUUCUUAUAACAGGAUCUCCAAUGCAGAAUAGUCUACAAGAAUUAUGGUCGUUGUUUGAUUUUAUGAGACCAGGAUUGUUAGGCACUUACAAUGCAUUUAUGGAUCAUUUUGCUGUUCCUAUUACACAAGGGGGAUAUGCAAAUGCUACUCAACAUCAAGAAGCUACAGCAUUAGAGAUUGCUAAAGCUCUUAAAAAAAUUAUUACUCCUUAUAUUUUGAGAAGGACAAAAAGUGAAGUCCAGGAACAUAUUAAAUUACCAGAAAAAAAUGAGCAAGUUCUCUUCUGUGCACUUACUAGAGAGCAAAGAGAUUUAUAUAUGGGGUAUCUGAUGAGUAAUACUGUUCGUAGUAUCCUUGACAAAGAUUCAAAAUUUCGUGAUCCAUUGCGAGCUAGAAUUUUGGUUGCAUUAACAACACUUAGAAAAAUAUGUAAUCAUCCUGAUUUAUAUCUCUAUGAAGCACACGAAGAAUAUGAAGAAAUAGAUGAAGAAUUAUUUGGCAAUUUUAAGCGAUCUGGAAAAAUGUCUGUAGUUCAUUCUUUACUUAAAAUAUGGAUGAAACAAGGCCACAGGAGCUUAAUUUUUUCACAGUCCAGAGCAAUGCUUUGCAUUUUAGAACAGCAUUUACAAAAUCAUAAUUUCCAAUAUUUAAAAAUGGAUGGUAGUGUAAGUGUUGCUCAAAGACAAAAUUUAAUUAAAACUUUUAAUGAAAACCCAAAAUAUUUAGUUUUUCUAGCUACAACCAGAGUAGGAGGGCUUGGUGUUAAUUUAACUGGGGCAGAUAGAGUUAUCAUAUAUGAUCCUGAUUGGAAUCCAGCUACUGACAACCAGGCUAAAGAAAGAGCUUGGAGAAUUGGUCAAGAAAGAAAUGUGACAGUGUAUAGAUUGUUGUCUGCUGGAACAAUUGAAGAAAAAAUAUACCAGAGACAAAUAUUUAAAAAUUUCCUAAGUAAUAAAAUAUUUGUAGAUCCUAACCAGAAAAAUGUUCUUACUACAAGCAAUUUACAAACCUUAUUCAACCUUGAAGAUCUAAAUUUAGAAGGAGAUACUGAAACAACUGCCUUGUUCAAACAUACUAAAGUAAAUUUACCUAAUAAGUCAAAUAAUAAUAAAAAUAAAACAAUAAACAAAAAGCUAGAAGCAAUGAAAAGAAAAGCUAAAGAAAUAAGUAACAAAAUAAAAAAAGAUAGUGAAAGCUUAACUAGUGAGCUUGGAAAUGACCCACGUGAAAAAUAUAAGAAGAAAAUGGAAUUAAUACUUAAUCCACCUAAAAUUAAUGAAGAACCAGCAGUAAAUAUAGUUGACGACAAAGUUACUAAUAUACCCUUCGAAAAUAUUAUUUCUGAAUUAGAUAUCAUUAAUAGACACACAAAAAAAGAUUAUGAAGAAAAAUUAAUUAAAGAUGUAUUAAGUUCUGAAAAUGAAACAAAUCCUCAAAUUUUAGAUAAUACUCAGAAUAUUAAAGAAGAAAAUAGUACAGAAACACUAAACUAUGAUUCAAAGGAUGAAUCUAACUUCGCUGAACCAGAAACUGAUGUGAAAAAUAAAAAAUCAAGAAAAAGAAGACACGAAUCUUCAGAUUGUGAAAUAGAAAACUUAUUGAAAGUGAAAAAAAUUAAAACGAAAAAGAAAUAUAAAGAGAAAGAAGAAAAACUUAAUGAUGAUGAUUAUGUUUUGAGUAAACUCUUUGCAAAAUCGACAGUUAAAAACGCUUUACAACACGAUGUUGUAGUGGGAUUGGCUGAAAAAGAAAAACAACAUAAAAUAAAAAUGGAAGCCAUCAAAAUAGCCAAAAAAGCGGUUAAGGCAAUUAAAUUUUCUACUAAA